GUGUCGUUAGUACCGACAUGUUGAAUAGAAACCGUAGUUUGCCAGAAAUUGUCUAUACUAAUUCAAUUUCACCUGAUGAUGGUGCUAUUACUACCUUAUAUUGUGCUACAAGUCCAGAAAUCGAACAGAAAAAUUAUCCUGCAAAGUAUUUUGAACCAUUUGGUAAUGAAUGUGAACCGUCCACAUAUGCCCAAGAUGAGGAUUUAGCUAAAAGACUUUGGGAAUAUACCGAGAAUUUGAUAAACGAAAAAUUCCCACAAAAAUAA